AUGUCUUCUUUAUUUUCUCGGCGCUUGCUAUCGCUCUCCUUGCUGACAGUGUUGGCGCCCGUGGGAAACGCAGAAGAACUACAUGCCACCAACACUGACCCAGAACUGCAGCAACCGCCACCUGCUGCCAGCUACGGCGUGGACUGUUCCUUUCCCAUUCAUAGCGACUAUGAAGCCAACAGCUGUGGCGAUUUGCUGGGUGACCGACAAAAGUUCUAUGAAGACUUGAUUGCAGGAUGCCGAGCAAAGUACGCAUACCGAUGUGAUCAGACGGAAGAAGAUCGAAUCCUUCAACUGCGUCAUCAACCACAAUCUCUUCUCAACUACACAACCCAUGGCUUUGCCAAGAUUCGAGCUCCCGAGCGAUUGUUCCGUAUUUUGAAGAAUCACUGGGAACGCAACAAGGACAAACAAGGCUACGAGGAAAAGUGGCCCAAGGGACACACCUAUGUGAAUCAUUGGGAACACAAAACCACUUACUACAACUUGGGCGAGCCCGAAUUGGGUGGGGGGUUGGAUCUGGCAGAACUCGUCUCGGAUCUGGCACAGCCGAUUAUCGAAGAAUGGACUGGUCAAGAGCUCCGACCUACCAGCUUGUAUGGCAUCCGAGUCUACCACAAGGGAUCCAUCUUGGCCCCUCACGUGGACCGAAACCCAUUGAUUAGUUCGGCCAUUGUGAAUGUUGCCAGUGAUCCGGAUAUGGAAGAAGAUUGGCCUCUGGAAGUCUAUGAUCGCGACGGCAAGGCUGUGAACAUUUCAAUGAGCCCCGGUGAUAUGGUUCUAUACGAGAGUGGUACUGUGAUUCAUGGCCGACCAUUUCCCCUAAAAGGAAAGUACUAUGCAAACACCUUUAUCCAUUUCGAGCCAACCGGACGAACACUAGAGGACGUUGACGAAGAGGAUAAUUACUACGAUUCUCCUGAGAACCCUGCUGCAUACGAGGGUGAUGUUCGACUUCCACCUUACAUGAUCGCGGGAUCAGAAGCAGCCACGCGAUACUCCAUAAGCAAUCAUUGGGGUUGGGAACUAGACGGGUCGCAAUUUGAAGAAGAAUUUGACGACUCUGAAGAGGAUGAUGAGGACUCGGAAGAUGAAGACGAAGAUGAAAGCAUGGAAGAGGAGAGUAUGAUAGAACGAAAGGAGGCUGCUCACGAUUCAAGUAGUCCUAGUUGCCUGAGCAACACGGACCCUGCAUUGGCACCCGCAGAGUGUCAAUCAGAGUUAGAAUCGUCGAUGAAAACAGCAACAGCGUAG